AGGCUUUUAAUUUGAAAGUACCUUGUCCUUGCUGGAUGUGACGACAUGAGUGUGCUUCCGGCGGAUCGUUGACGUUAAAACGUGAUGAAGACAGAAAGCCUCACACCGAGCCGCGAGGACUGCGAGUAUACGAGCUGCUACUGCGAAGAAAAUGUUUGGAAGCUCUGUGACUUUGUCAGAACCAAGAGAACCGCACCGCUAGAACAGCUGUUCGUCGUUUUCAUCUCCAAUGACAACAGAAUGGUUCCUCUGUGGAAACAGAAGUCUGGACAUGGAGACCAGCCGGUGAUCUGGGAUUACCACGUGGUUCUGCUGCAGGCGGAGCUUCAGUCCGAAGCUCUCAUCUACGAUCUGGACACUGAGCUGCCGUUCCCCUGCAGCCUGAAGCUCUACGGCGCCGAGGCCUUCCGCUCAGACCGCCACAUCAGACCCGAGUACCACAGGAAGUUGCGUGUGGUUCCUGCUGACAGCUUCCUGCUGAACUUUGCGUCGGAUCGUUCUCACAUGAAGAACCCUGACGGAACCUGGAAGAUGCCGCCGCCGCCGUACCCCCCCAUACACACCGCAGAGAGUCACAUGAACCUGGACGACUUCAUCAGCAUGGAUCCUGCUGUCGGCUGGGGAACUGUCUACGGCCUGAGACAGUUCCUGCACAGAUACACAGGAAACGCAUCAUCAUCAUCAUUGUCAGCAGCAGCUGCGUCGCGGUAGCUACAGGUUUGUAGCUGCAGGUCGACGCCUCCUGCUGGUUGCUGUCGACAUGUUCGGUUCUUGGACUGACAGAAGAAGUCAAAAGCUGCUGGACUCUGAUUGGUGCUUGGACCCUGUAUUUAUAAGCCUCGCCCCUUCACCCAGUGGAUUGAGCUCAUAACAAAGAGAAGAUGUUGAACAUCCUGCUGAGAGACAAUCUGAUCAAUAUAUUGAUCGAUCAGUUAUCAAUAUGCCCUGUGAUCAAUGAGCAUCAGACUGUUUUUGCCUCAGUCCCCGUUUGUGUAAAGUUUAUGUGAUCAACUCAUUUUUGAUGGUGUCUUAGAACCUCCUCACUUCACUGUCAGUCACCUCUGGAACAGUUCUGUUGUUGUACAUUUACGAUCAAUAACUGAUGAUCAAUUGAUCUAGAGUGUCUGAUAGGCCGCUCAGAGGAUAAUCAAUAACUGUGAUCAUUUUUUGAUGGAAUCUACAGCUUCAGCUUCUGAUUUAAAGACAAGCAGCAGCAACAAUAAAAUAAAGUUUCAGAAGUCAAA